GUUUCCCGGAGUCUUCAUUAGUUGACUUCUCUGUCCGCUGCUUCCCCCAGCCGGUGGAGCUCACCCCCAAUAAAGGAAGGAAGGGGGUCUUUAUUUUUUUCUAAGGCCGCAAAGAGUCCAGUGUUUACAAGCCUAGAAAUGCUACGGCCAUGUCCAGGCAGAAAGAAAGGCUGAAAUGGAGGACCGACGCCUUCCUUAUAAGGUGUCUCUGGGGAAGAGGUCCAGGAAAGAAGGCCAAAUUGGGAUCAAAGGGGGCUUCACUCUGGACCCAGUGCCCACUUGAGGAUGACAAUGAACUUGGUUUUGCUCACUGGGGCCUGAGCCAGCACCAACCUGGUAGAAAAAGCAACCAUGAAGCCAGAGAGGGAAAAGAGCUCCAGACAGAGAUGAAACCACGCGGAGUAAUGCAGGGAAAGGAGGAGGCAGCAGGUCUCGGAACAAAUGUGGCAGAGAGCAAGACAGGCACUCACAGACAGAGGUUUACAUAUUUUUAUUCAAAAAAUUUUUUAAAUUUGGGGCGUGAUGAAGAAAAGGGAAAAUUCAGAAGAGCGGAGAAGAGAGGGAAUUAUCCGAGUCCCAGCGUGAACGCCCCAGAAGGGGAGAAGACUGGAUACCGCGAGCGAGCAGCGGAUGCCGGAGCAGCACCCGGCGAGGGCUCUGGCUCUGACUCGGCCGGCCGCCGCUGCCCCACACGCUGUGGGCUGGCCCUCGAAGACCCCCCUCGCGGCUGCCAGGGCUUCCGCGCUCUCCUUAUCAUCUCCAUCUUUAUGACAAGGCUUGUUAACAAGACCAGCGAGCUGGCCACGCACAUCUAUCUCAGCCGCUCACGCUCAGCCAAGCAGCGGCUGGCGCGGGGACUGGCGAGGCACUAAUUAAUUGAUUCCUUUGGACAGUAAAAUAUGGCAGUGUCUACACGGAACCCAUAAACAAUAUCUCUGCGGGGUGUGAGUGCAUUGUCUUUCAAAGAAUUUUUCCAUAGGCGUGUGUCAGGUAGUCUCGGAUUUUUAGCUACUAAAGAAAGACCCAAGUGGGACUCAUUUUUCCGGGGCCAAAACAGAGUUCGCUCAGGGUCAGAAAAUGCUUUCAGCUAUUAUUGCCUCUCCGAAAGUGUUAGGAGUGGAUUUUGUUGAGAAAAACAUCGGUUCCAGGGUAAACUUGCCCUGCUACGGGUGUAGAUCUGGCCAGCAUUAAGGAUGCUAACCGCUGCUGAAGAGCUAGGUGGGGUACAAUCCUCUUCCUGGUUAGCUGAGAGGGAGUGGGGCUGCUCUGGGGUUUGAGAGGGACGUAGGAGACCAGGUCCAGCCUUUACUUCAUGAGUCUUUCUCCACUGGAGAUUUUAAAAAUAAAUUUAAAAAAAUUUUAAACCAACUUUGGCUUUCAGGAACCCUGAGUGCCCAGCAUACACCUAGAACUUGCCUUUACCCCAACCUGCCUGUUACACAACUUGCCAGGUCACUGCACUUCCCUCUUCCCUCCCCCGCCUUUCUUAACUGGCAGCCUAGAGUAAGUCUCUAAUAUAUUUAUCUUAGGUCUAGAAGAACAAGUCCUGAGACACAGGGGUAACCUGAUUAUAUAAUGCUCAUUCCAUACAGGCUGUGAUUAUGCAGUCAGACCCUGCUGCAAGCAGGACUUGGGAUACUAAAUAUAGACCCUGACUUCGGCAAGAGAUGUACUAGGGAAAUUGAGUUAGGAGACCACUUAUAUAAAUAAUCCAUAUAGACAUAAGAAGGGGUUUUUAAAAGAUGGAAAUAAUAGAAAGAAAAGAGGCUCAGCCGGUGGCGAUUGUUAUUGCCAAUGCCUGAGCUUCCUUCCUGCUACUGUUUGUAAGAUAGCCAAAUAAAUGUGUACUAUAAAUACAAUAAUAUGUGCGCUCAAAGAAUGUACUGCAAUGUAUUUGGUACGCACACACCAUGUAAACAAACUAAUUUAUAGAACGUAUUUUUUCAUACAUUGGGUAGAUACUCAAUUUGUGUAUAUAUAAUAAUAUGUAUUUUCCAUGCACUUUUUAUGUGGACACAUUAAUAUCUGGAUGCAUUUUCCAUGUAUGAUUUUAUAUACCCUAUGGAAUGGAUACAUCUAUGUAGCUAAAUCGAUGAGGACUGUAUAUUCCCUGUGUAGGAUAUAUAUGCAAGUGUACCGUUUAUGUAAAUGAAUCUUUACAAGUGGUGUUUAUCCAUGCUAUGUGUAACCUUUUCCCAGAAGGUUGCUUUCCCAUAC